CCUUCUUUCUCUUUCUCUCAGUCUUUCACUUUUUCCUUUCUCUCUUCUUUCAGUCUCAACCUUUCAUAGACCCCAUCGAUUAACCAUUUUAUUGUACAAGAGACUGUAGACUAGAUCAUCGUCAUCAGCUCCCUUUGACUCUCUUAGUGUGUUUAGUUAAGUGUAACAUCACUUGUACUUUUAGCAUCGUACUUUUAUCCGUCCUCAUUAUCAUCCCAACAACAUUAUCAAAAAUUUUUAUUCCAAUUUCAACCCAAUAAUUAGUCUAUUGUCGCCAUCAUUUGCUGAUUGAAAAUUCAAACAUUUUUGCCAACAUUUUUUUCUUGCCCAUCUUUUCACCAAUCUUUAUCUUUCUCUCUCUCUUUACUUGACCGUCUCAUCAUUUGCUCUUGUCCACAUUUGUUUAUUUUUAUUUUCACUCGACAAUGUCCAUUCCAAGGGAACGUUGUUCAUUAGAAACAGAUUUUGAUAGUAAAGUCAAACUAAAUUCUCCUAUCCAACGAUGUUCACCCAUCUCAUCGUCUUCAUCACCACUAUCUUCCUCGUCUUUAUCUUCAUCUUCCUCCUCCUCUUCUUCUUCCUCUUCAUCAACCACCUCCUUAUCGACCAACACAAAACCCAAAGUAUCAUGUUCACCAUCCAAUUUACCCUCAUCCACAACGUCAAACAUUAACUGUGAUGAUCUCACUUCAACCGAGUGUCAACCCUCAUCAUCAUCUUCAACCUCACCAGGAACAGUUGCCCUUAACGGUCACCCUCAACAUCAUCCCCAGGCUCAACAUCAACGGAUCCAAGUAAAGCUUGAAGAAGGCUCAAGACCUUGUAUAACCUCAACGGUAACUCAACCACCAUCAAGCGUAUCAAAUCAACCAACAGCCAGCCUUAGUUCAACGUACACCAAAAAUGUUUUGCCCAGUAAUUCAAUUUUAAAUUCAACCAUUUCACCUUCAACUUCAUUCCCAGAUUAUCGUGAAUUUGAUUCAAAUAUGUGUUUAUACAAGUGCAAUAUAACAAGUGAUAACCAUCGUUUAUACAAUUCAACUAAUAAUACCAACUCUACUGGUAAUAAUAAUAUCACCAACAACAGUAAUAGUAAUAGUAAUAAUAAUAAUAGUUCAACUAAUAAUAAUAUUGACCUAUACCAUUCUCAUCAUCCUCAUCAUCGUUUCCAUCACCAUCAUCCAAGCAAUUCAAUAGCUUCUCCAUUGAUUAACCAUCAUCAUCAUCAUUCAACUUCUUCUUUCCUCAACUCUGAUCUAGUUAAACAUCAACCAUCAACACUGACCUCACCAAUAGCCUCAACCACUGCAGCCCUAUUAACAGGCAACACUUUAAAUUGUUCACCAACCCUGUCCAACAGUCACAACCUGAGUCUCACAAAUGGUACCAACAACAGUAACCAAAACACGUCAAACACCAACUCUAGUUUAACCAACACUACAAUUGGUAUCAACAAUCUAACCAACAAUUUACCAGGAAACAAUUUAAACCAUUCACCACAGGAGACAAUUACAAAUCUUCACAAUUCCCAUCAACAUUUAAUUAACUUUACUCCAGCCAACAAUCAUGUAACAUCUAACCAAGUCAACUUGACCAAUUCAAAUUCAAGUAACAUUACAUUGAGUGAUUUUAAUCGUCUAAUCAAAAAUGAUCGCCUUGAAUCUAAACUAAUGGAUACAAAUGGUUCGCAUCUAUUGACCAUGUCAAGUGAACGUUACAUACGGUCAACACCAUUCCCAUCAAGUUACCAUCCAAGUUGCCCAAAUUUCACCGGAUUCACUGAUCCACCAAAUUUUAAUCACGGACUUGGAUCCAAUCUAGACUGUGGCAAUUUAAAUGCUCUCAACAGUUCCAAUUCAAUUGGCAACACCAACAAUCAUGGUAACAACAACAAUAUAAACAAUUUACUCUCAACACGGUCCAAUGUUGGCUCUUCAUCGUCCUCACUAUUUUACGAAGUAAACUCUUCGAGAUCAUCUUCUUCAUCUUCCCUUCUCGAUCCAAACACUCAUUCAACCUCAUCCUCAUCAACAACAACACCUCGUCAACACGUUCACUCGUCAUCUUCAUCCUCAUCAACAACAACUUCAACUACAUCUUCAAGCCAAUCAACGCCAUCAACAACAACAAUCAAGGAAUCGAAAAAGUUGACUCAAAGUUACACUCCGAUCACAGCAAUGACCAAAACAUCCUCACUGGACUCGUACACUUAUCCACACAUAAGAAGUGUUCAAGAAGUUUAUCCAUUUUUAACCUCGAAUGGACGUUCAAUAUCUUCCGGUUCAGGGCAAAUUCAAUUGUGGCAAUUCUUAUUGGAAUUGUUGGACGAUCCAACGGCUAAACAGUGUAUCAUCUGGGAUGGUCAAGAUGGUGAGUUUAAGUUGACUGAUCCAGAUGAAGUCGCUCGUCGUUGGGGCGAAAGGAAGAGCAAGCCCAACAUGAAUUAUGACAAAUUAAGUCGAGCCCUGCGUUAUUAUUACGAUAAAAAUAUAAUGACCAAAGUCCAUGGGAAACGAUAUGCAUACAAAUUUGAUUGGCAGGGCUUAGCUAAUGCUAAUCAACCAGCAACGCCUGAUCCUUCAGCCUACAAGGGUUAUCCUACCCAUGACUACUUCAUGCCUCCACCGGGCUAUCAUCAUCAUCAUCCAACGUCAAAAAUAAACUUUGCUGCUGCUGCCUCUUUGACUCCUUCCUCUGGAACGGGAAGCAUUUUCAGUCCUUCAACAACCUACUGGACCAGUCCAACGGCAGCCGCAGCCAACCUUUACUCCAACAUACAUGUAGCUGCGGCCUCUCAUCAUGCAACCAUGCCUCACCAUCACCAUCAUCAUCAUCAUCAUCCAACUCAUGUUACAUCUCACAUUACAUCUUACCCUCACUAUGCAUGAUCCAACUUAUAAACCCGAAGCCCAUUAUUAUUACAGGAUUAAAGUCAACUUUUAUUUGCUAAUCAACUAAAAUACAAAAUAAAAGGUGAAAAACGAAGGGAAAGUCAAAGGAAAAUUUAACCUUCAAAGAUGAGGAUAAUGAUGAACAAGAUGAUGAACAAGAGCAAGGUGAUGGACAAAUGUUGGAGCGAUCAUGAAGAGAACCAAUUUUUCAUUAUAUAAAUAUUAUAAAUAAACAGAAAUAGCGUUUUCCUCUCUUCAGCUCUCGUCAAAAGCACUUUUCAAGCAUAUUUUUUUCUUCUCCUUCUUUUCCCUUCUUGCCGUCUAAAUAUCAAUAUCUCACCCUCAAUACUUUUCAUCAUCCUCAUCUCACCUUCAACUCCUAUUUACCUUUGUCCAUCAUCAAACGGUCCAAAAAUGAACCCACAAAAUCGUGCAAUUAUUGCGACCAAACAAACAACUGUUAUGAGAAAAGCAAACAAAAUGAUGAACACACUGAACCAGUUUUAUUGGAAACUCAAAUUAUUAUUUAAUUAAGUGUUAUUUGACGAUGAGGCCAUCAACGUAAUGUAAAAAACAGCGUCUUAAUGUAACAAAAUGAAUAUAAAAAAGUGACAAAAAAACCAAAAAAUAUGCUAAUAAAGAAAAAUUAACAAUUAAAAAUUUU